CGUUUUCACGGUUAGAAUGACUGACAUGUCAAAGGGGCGGGUUUAAUGCGAAGGAGGCGGGACUAGACGGAAGAAGCCGCUCGAGCACCUCAAGCAAAACAAAACCGAUCCAACGGCAUAUUUCGCGAUUAAACUGACCAGAUGCUUUGCUGAUGAUGUCGGCCUUUCCAUCCUCUUCCUCCAAGAGUCUGACCUCCACCCCGCUCAAAUCCAGAGCCAGCGUCCCGGGCAGCGUCCGGCAGCGCAGCAGGAGCGUGGAGUCCACCGGAGACUCGACGUCCUCUCUGCUGUCACCCAUCUAUCAUGACAGCUUUGAGCUUUCAGACGAGGAACCAGAGUCAGAUCAGCCUCGGCCCGUUCACAACAUGACCGUCACGUUAAGUGAAGAUGGCGCACCAGUGUCUCCCUCCAGGGAUGAGGUGGACACAACAGGCCUGGAGGACAGAUCUUCCGGCGGGCAUUUCAAACUGAGCUGGGAGCAGUGGAUUGUGGAUAAAGCUAAAGAGGAGCGUAUAAGAAAACAACAGAAAGCUAUGGAGGAGCUCACGCUGAAGGAAAAAGAGGAAGAGCAGAAGAAAGAGCAGCAGAAGAAGAAAGUUACCUGUGAUUUCAAAAUUCAAGAGUGGCUGCAAAUGAAACGAGAACAGGAAAAGAAAGAGAGAGAGUCCAAAGAGUUUCAGAAAAGCAAAGAACAGCUUCAAGAGGAGAAGAGACGUGCUGAGAUUGAAAAGAAAGCCCAGGAGAAAUAUAAGGAGUGGCUGCGGAAGAAGAAGCAAGAAGAAACGGAGAGAAAGCUAAAAGAGAAGGAAGAUGCAGCCAGAAGAGAAGCGGAAGAGAGGGAGCGCAAAGAAAAGGCGGAGGAUAGCUUUAAAGAAUGGCUUGCCGGUGUAAAAACGAAAGGAAAACUGAGCCGACAGUCAUCAGCAUCCUCAGCCGGCAGCUAUAACAACGUGAACUAUCCAGCUCCGAGCUUCGUCAACCCCAUUCCCUGGAAACCCAUUCACGUUCCACAGCAAGACAGAACGCCCAGGAAAAGUUCGGCACGUAAGAGAACGCCAGGACCGCCUAAAAGCCAGUCGACCCCCUGUAUCACAUACAGACCUAAAGACACCGUGGCUUUUGCUUGUAAGAGACGGUGACACUGACAUCUGCUGGUCCCAGGCCAGUAUUGACUCUUCUGAAGACUUGCUGCGUUUUUGUCAAGCAAGUGUUUAACAUCUAAGACUGAUGUCGUUUGGCAUGAGUGAAGAUCCAGCAGGAGGACUGAUGUUUCUCACUGAUGUCAUUGUGAUGGAUUUGAUCAUUUGGCAAUUAUGAAUUUGACUUGUAUAGUUCUGGUUGAAUGUUAGCUAAAUAUGAAAUACAGAUGAUUUUGCUUGUCCAAAUUAAAGAUAUUUGGAAAUACA